AUGCAAGGCUCUGAGGCGGGGAGUGAGGUGCAUUGGACAGAGUGCAGCUGGGAGCUGGGAGCUGGGAGCUGGAAGGUGGAUGAAGCCUCCACCUCAAGCCAGUGGCCCUUGCUUGAGACCCGAAUUUCUCGACAGGAGAACUGGGCUGUCUUGGGAACAGGCACUGCGCCCUUCGGCAACCACCCUCCUGGAGAUUUUGACGAUGGGUUCCUGCGCAGAAAACAGCGCCGGAACCGGACAACCUUCACGCUUCAGCAGCUGGAAGCUCUGGAGGCAGUUUUCGCCCAGACGCACUACCCCGAUGUAUUCACCAGAGAAGAGCUGGCCAUGAAAAUAAACCUCACGGAAGCCAGAGUGCAGGUUUGGUUCCAGAACCGAAGGGCAAAAUGGAGGAAAACAGAGAGAGGGGCCUCCGACCAGGAGCCAGGAGCCAAGGAGUCCAUGGCAGAGGUGACCUCGCCGCCGGUGAGAAAUGCCACUUCCCCACCCCCUGGGGACCAGGCCCGGAGCAAGAAGGAGGCCCUGGAGGCCCCGCAGAGGUGAGGCUGGCGGGACCCCGGGGACUGCGGGCUGGUGGGCGCGUGGGGCUGAGAGCUCAUUGCUUUUCUUUCCCUGUCCGCCCAGGCCCUGUCCCAUGUUGCGUCCCUGAAAGGGGGCCCGCUGUGCUCUUGCUGUGUCCCCGACCCCAUGGGGCUCUCCUUCCUCCCGCCCUACGGCUGCCAGAGUAACCGCACGGCCAGCGUGGCCGCCCUGCGCAUGAAGGCCCGCGAGCACUCGGAGGCCGUCCUGCAGUCGGCCAACCUCCUGCCAGCCACCAGCAGCAGCCCCGGCCCUGCGGGCAAGCCAGCGCCCCCCGAUGGCAGCCAGGACAAGACCCCUUCUGCCAAGGAACAGAGUGAGGGUGAGAAGAGUGUAUGAGGGAGAGCCACGCCGGCACCCUCCCCAUCCCUGUUCCUCCCAGCCUCAGCCCCAUGGAAGACGCAAAAGAACAAGGAGAAGCCUGCGCCCAGAGCCUCCUCCCGGACUCCGGAAGGGAUGAGACCACAGCUCCCUUGCUGCCUGGGGAGUGCCUCUGGCGUCCUGCCAGCAGCCCACGUUGUCCUGGCUUCUUUGGUGACAGGUCCUGAUGGCACUGGUGGCACCGGAGCCGACUCUGUGGUGGGACCUGUCGGGUUUCCUUCUGUGCCCAGAAGUCUUGGGGGGAAGUAGAGUUGCUGCCCCCAUCACCUUCCUGUCCAUUUCCUGGGCUGCCAUUGAUGGUCUGGUCAACUCAGAGAACUGUGACAUGAGACGCACGGGCUAUGAAAUGGGACUGUCCUUGGUCCAUUAAGAACCAGGAAACUGCUGUAAUUCCAACCAACUCUUACUCCCUCUCCCAAGUCCAGCAGCCAUGCCCCCCUUCCUCUUGUUGAAGUCUAUUGGUUGUGGGCUUGGAUAGUUAGAAGGUGAGAGGAUGUGGGGUGGGGAGAGGCUGAUGGGGUGCAGCCUCUCUCAGGGGUACACGGUGGCUCUGCCCCUCGCAGUUCUCACUGGCUCUUGUGGCCACACAGGCUGCCGGCUCCGGGAACUGGGGCCACAUCCUGACACUGCCAGCGUGGAGCGGUGUGGCCGCCCGCGGCAGGCCUGCCCCUCCGGACUGGCCUCUCGGUCAGUGAACAGCAGCGCGCUGGUCCAGGAAGCUGUGCGCCCUCGGAGGGGAGGGGCCCCAGGAUGCUUCUGACACAGGUCGCAUCCAGACUGACCACCUGUCCGCGGGUCCCCGGCCGCAUAGGGAGCUCUCCGGUGGUUGUUUGGCUUUUUAACUGAAGGAAAAAUAGCAGGAGACAAGAUGAGAGCGGUGUACGCGCAGAAUGGAGCGUGGGCGAGGGCUUCCUCGGGGGACGGGAGCUCGUUCCAAAGGGCCAAACCGCAGAGACUCAGAGUUGGUCUAGGCUAGGGUGUCUGUUUCCUCACCUUCUCUGUGUGGGUAGUGGACUCGAAGAGAUCAAAGGGAAAUGUGCAAUAGCGCGGGACCUGCCUUCCCGGCAGGCGCCUGAUCCCGGGGGAGGAGGUCUCCCAGGGCUUACGGGGUGUUUCCAGGCAAACCCUUCCGCCUUUACACGAUUGUUUUCCUUUCAGUUUCCAUAAUCAAAAGGCUCCACCUUCAGAUCACCCUGCCCCCUUCUUCCCCUCCCCUCCAAGCCCUCAAACAAUAUUCCUGAGUGUGUUGUGCCUCGUCUCUGAUUCCUGCAAAGCAUUUGAUAAAAUACACGGUCUCCUUAAAAACAUACAAACCCUUUUCCUGCUGUAUUUUGCUUGUUGAGUACCAAGAUGAAACGAUUUGCCACAGAGCGGCAAAGGCGCUUCCGUUUCGCUGUAAUUACGAAUGUUGGGUUGAACGAUGCAGGCUCAAGCCCUUAUGUACACUAACUCUUCAAUCUAAUUGUUUGAUUAAACUCGUAUUUCCUCCAGAAAGGUACAUAAAUAAGUGAACUGUUGAGCAAAUUAAGAAUACUUAACAGCAUUGCAUCUGAAAAGUAGUUACGCUGAUUAAAUUUUGUGUCCUUGA